AUGGGGUUCCGAGCUAGGGGAGAGAUCAGCAUCGAUAGGACAUGGAGAUGUGGGCUCAGAAGGGAGUGGAAUAGAGGGUCCGAAGGAGAUAGCUUAGAUGCCGCCACUGGGGGUUCACUUGCUUACCUUGUCGGGUCACCUGGAGAGGUCGGUCGAAGGUUGCAUUGGAUUCCAGGACGGAGAAGCAGAGAUGGUCUACAAUCAGGGCCGGAUCGGGGCCUUAGAUCCUAUUUCCUGGUUAACCAAGCAAGGGAAGCUCAUCUCGAACACAAGGAAGAUGAAAACUUAGAUAUAUAUCGUAUUAAUAUGAUUAAUCAUGCCCAGCUAAAGAACAAGGAAGCGCUUAGCUUACUUUUGUGGGUUACUUAUUUUGUUAGGUCUCGACUUCUCCGCUAUGAUCUUCCCAGUAGUUCAUAUAGGAGCUAUAGCCGUUUCAUUCCUAUUCGUUGUUAUGAUGUUCCAUAUUCAAAUAGCGGAGAUUCACGAAGAAGUCUUGCGCUAUUUACCAGUGAGUGCUAUUAUUGGACUGAUCUUUUGGUGGGAAAUGUUCUUCAUUUUAGAUAA